CCUUCCAUCACCAUGCCUUACAGCUGCUCCCUGUCCAGCCUGAGCUGCAGCUCCAGCUGCUUCUCCCGGCCCUGUGUGCCCCUCAGCUGCCACGGCUCCACCCUGCCUGGGUCCUGCAACAUCCCCGCCAACGUGGGCAACAGCGGCUGCUUCUACGAGGGCUCCUUCGACAGCAACGAGAAGGAGACCAUGCAGUUCCUGAACGGCCGGCUGGCCAGCUACCUGGAGAAGGUGCGCCAGCUGGAGCGGGACAACGCAGAGCUGGAGAGCCGCAUCCGGGAGCGGAGCCAGCAGCAAGACCUCCUUGUGUGCCCGGACCACCAGUCCUACUUCCGGACCAUCGAGGAGCUCCAGCAGAAGAUCCUUUGCAGCAAGGCAGAGAACACUAGGCUGGUGGUGCAGAUUGACAAUGCCAAGCUGGCCGCAGAUGGCUUCAAGACCAAGUAUGAGAUGGAGCUGGGCUUGCGGCAGCUGGUGGAGUCGGACAUAAAUGCCCAGCGUAGGAUCCUGGAUGAGCUAACCCUGUGCAAGUCCGACCUGGAGGUCCAGGUGGAGUCCUUGAAGGAGGAGCUGAUCUGCCUCAAGAGGAACCAUGAGGAGGAAGCCAACUCCCUGAGGAGACAGCUUGGAGACCACCUCAGCGUGGAGGUGGAUGCCGUCCCCACCGUGGACCUGAACAAUGUGCUCAACGAGACCAGGUCUCAGUACGAGGCCCUGAUAGAGUGCAACCGCAGGGACGUGCAGGAAUGGUUCACCAGGCAGACUGAGGAGCUGAACGGGCAGGUGGUGUCCAGCUUGGAGCAGCUGCAGUCCUACCAGGCGGAGAUCACUGAGCUGAGACGCACGUUCCAUGCCCUGGAGGUGGAGCUGCAGGCCCAGCACAACCUGAGAGACUCUCUGGAGAACACCCUGACGGAGACGGAGGGCCGCUACAGUACCCAGCUGGGCCAGGUGCAGUGCCUGAUCGGCAACGUGGAGUCCCAGCUGGAGGAGAUCAGGAGGGACCUGGAGCGGCAGAACCAGGAGUACAAGGUGCUGCUGGAUGUCCGGGCCCGGCUGGAGUGUGAGAUCAACACGUACCGGGGGCUGCUGGAGAGCGAGGACUGCAAGCUGCCCUGCAACCCCUGCACCACGACCAAUGCAUGUGGCAAGACCAUCACGCCCUGCGUCUCCAGUGCCUGCACCCCCUCCGCUGUUGCUACCCGCUUCUCGCCCUGUGUCCCCCGCCCCAACUGCGGGCCCUGCAACUCCUACAUGUGCUAG